GGAGCCAGCGGAGCGCAGCGGAGCGAAGCCGCCGCCAGCCCCGGGCCCCCACCCCGCCGCCGCCCUGCACCCCCCCACCGGCACCAUUCCCACCCCCGGGCGACAGCGGCCCCCGGCCGGGCGCCGGCUCAGCCUGGGCCGCAAAACUUUGCUGGCGGCCGCGGCGGGGGUGGUGAUGGUGCUGGUGCUGGUGGUGCUCAUCCCGGUGCUGGUGAGCUCCGCCGGUACCGACGGCCGGUACGAGAUGCUGGGGACCUGCCGGAUGGUCUGCGAGCCCUACGGCCCCGCCGCCGCUCCCCCGCAACAGCCGGCCGAACGCGGCCCCCUCCCACCGCCCUCCACUCUGGUGCAAGGUCCCCAAGGCAAACCGGGGCGACCGGGGAAACCGGGACCACCGGGACCACCUGGAGAACCGGGACCUCCAGGUCCGGCGGGAGCACGGGGUGAAGCGGGACGACCGGGACCUCCAGGACUACCGGGACCAGGGGCUACGGGCGCAGUGAGCGCGGCUACCUACAGCACCGUGCCGCGGGUCGCCUUCUACGCCGGCCUCAAGAACCCCCACGAGGGCUACGAGGUCCUCAAGUUCGACGACGUUGUCACCAACCUGGGCAACAGCUACGAUGCUGCCUCCGGCAAGUUCACCUGCGCCAUCCCUGGCACCUACUUCUUCACCUACCACGUCCUCAUGCGCGGCGGCGACGGCACCAGCAUGUGGGCCGACCUCUGCAAGAACGGGCAGGUCCGGGCCAGCGCCAUCGCGCAGGACGCCGACCAGAACUACGACUACGCCAGCAACAGCGUCAUCCUGCACCUGGACGCGGGGGACGAGGUCUUCAUCAAGCUAGACGGGGGCAAAGCCCACGGCGGCAACAACAACAAGUACAGCACCUUCUCCGGCUUCAUCAUCUACUCGGACUGAGCCCGGACCCACGCCGCCGCCCCACGGCCCUCCAGCCCCACAGCGUCCCCCUGCUGCCGCCCAGCCCCACGGUGUCCCUCCACAGAAUCCCGCAGCGGCCACUCAGCCCCACGGCAUCCCCCCACAGCAGCCCGCAGUGACUGUCCAGCCCCGUGGAGUUCCCCCGCAGCCGUCUAGCCCCGCAGCAUCCCGGCACUGCCCUCCAGCUCUGUAGCCUCCCUGGUCCAGCCCCAUGGCAUCUGUGCCGCGGCGCAGCCCCACAGCACCUCCCCAGUGCUCCAAACGCCUCUUCCCCGUUACCUCACCCUGUAGCUGCUAAUUCAUAGCCAGGGGGCCACAGGGGGCUGGGGGCUGGCAGGAGGUUGGGCGCCCCCCGAGUGCUGCCCCAGCGUGCCCCCAUCCCCUCACUGCCUGCACCGCUUGGCCCUAUGGUGCCUGCUGCCCACUGCCUCCCCACACCCGGGGCGCUGCCGGGGCCGUGUAUAUAUGUACAGGACGUGCAGGUGUCUCGAUGGGAGCCCUCCACAGCCCCUGCCAGCCCCACGCCGGGGGCCUGCGCUGGGGUGGAGGGUGGCACACAUUGCUGCCCGCCCCUGGGGCGCCUCCACGGUAAAGCAGAGCUGUGACCUGUCCCCGUC